AUGGCAGCGGCUCCGGCCUCUUUGAAGUCCUCGCGAUCCUCCUCCCUCACGUCGUCUGGGUCGGCGCUGCCUCUGCACCACACCCCGGCUGCGUCCGCUGCUCGAGCGCGCCUCGCUUCGACUUUGUCUUCCUCUGCUUCCGUCGCGCCCGCACCGCUGGCUCCAGACGCCCACGCGGACUUUCUGUCUCUGCUCCUUAUGUCACCCACGCCAGUCUCCACGAUCGAGCGGCUCUUCGCUGCGGGCGCCGACGGCGCGGGCGCGCCAGGCCCGGAGACCGUCGCGCAUGUGCAGAAGGUGCUGAGUACGUUGACAGUCCAGCAGGCGUCGAGGAGCGAGGAGUUGAGGAAUUUGAUCGGCCUACGCUACCUGUCAUUUCUUCACUCCGCCGACUCGAUUCGCGCAAUGGUCAGCGCCGCCACCGACCUCGACAGCCACGCCGCGCGCGUCUGCCGAGUCCUCGAAACGCUGCGCGCGGGCGAGGCAGAGAAGGAAGACUCAAGCGACAAACACACUCGGGGCUCGCGUCGAGACGCUUCCCGGGGGACGCUGCUCUGCGGGGGCGCCAGCGACGACGACCUCCGGCGGUCGUUUUCCGGCAGUCGGCUGCACGAAGGCCGGAAUGGGGAAGCAGAGUUCUCUCCUGGCGCGAGGCUGCCGCAGCCGCCGUGGGACGGCGUUGGAGACCAAGACGCGUUCUUCCUGCUCAGUGCUACGCCCCUGGACAGUUGGCUCGACGGAGACGCGUCUUCGCCUGGGCUGGCUCUCGCCCCAGCGCCAGUCUCUUCUGUUCGUGUCGCAGCAGAGACAAGCAGCGAGCUGCGAGGGCGACACGCACCCUCCGCGGCCUCGGCAGCCUCGCGUGGCGCCGCGCUGGCUGGCGUGUGGAGGAGUCAGCAGGACAUGCCGGGCUCCAGGGGAUCGCGCGAAGACCUUCCGGACCCGAGGAGAGAUCUCGCUCUGCGAGUGCUUCUGCGCGACAUGCAGGUACAGCUGAGUGUGACUUCGCGUUUCUGGCGGUAUGUCCGCGACGCCUCUGUUCUGAACGCGUUGAAGCUCCUCUGCCUAGACACACCGACACAGCAACGCACGCUCGCCGCGACCAUUGACGCCAUCCAGCAGGAACGCCGCCCUCCGCCUCCGCAAGCGAUCGACCCGUCCGACUCGGUUUCUUCUAUAGCGAGCCGCGGAGAGGCAGCGGAAGGCGGUCUCGGCGAUGCAGACGCAGAAGCUUCUUCGCGCGAGACGGAGACGCUCUCCUCGUUGGCUGAAGACUGCCGAGUGAUCUUGGCGCAAGCUCACAACGAAGCCGGCCUCCUGCUCAAGCUGCUGUGUACGUACACCUUGCAGAGUCUCUCCACCCCUCUUUUGUCUUCCCCUGUCGCGCUGCAAGCAGGUGCCACGCUUCUCCUUCUGCCCUGGAGCGUCUCCCAACGCGUUUUCUCUUCUUUCGAGUCUACGGGUUCUCACGCGGCGUCGGAGGACGGGGAUGCCCGCCGAAUCGGUGCGUUGUCUGCCGCCACGUCUGCCGUUCCGCCUGCUUCUUCCUCGCAUCUCGCCGCAUUGAUCGACGUUUUCUUCUCCUGUCGAAGCGAGGCUCUACAGCGGCUCCGCGCACGGCCAGCAGAACCAGAGAAACAGGAGGACGAGCAACGGAGACAGUUGUGUUGUGCGUGCAGCGCCGAAAAUGGGGAAGAGCCGAGAGGGAACGCUUCGGCGGCGGAGGCGCGUCUCUCGCGUGCAAAGGACGACAAGCUUCCGCGCCAGGGCAACGCCGCGCGGAGCCAGAAGCAUGGAGCGAACCGUGUGGAUUGGCCUCCAGGCACUGCUGCCUCGCGCUGCCUCGCGUGCACGCUGCAUAAUGCCAUAUUCGCGUUCGAGUCUUCUGUCGGAGCCGCUGGCAUUCUGUUUCUCCCUUCUCCUUCUUCCAUGUCGUUCGCCUCACAAGGCAGCAACUCGCCCUUGAAAGGCCCGCCGGUCUCGGCUGCCGCGCCGGCGGCGCCGGCACCAAAUUCUUCCGACUCUUCUGUUUCGUCUUCGCCCUCUAGGUCCACGUUCCUCGUUAUCGACGUCGCUCACGCAGCCUUGUUUCCUGACCGCGCGGACGGCGCUUGCAACGCCCCAUCUGCCAGCAGAGGAGAAUCAGCUCUUCUCGCAGCGCCUUCCAGUGGCCCUGAGGCUGCUCAGUUGCGCACGCAGCUCGAAGAAGCGGAGAGGGAGCUUUCUGUCCUACGCGCUGUCGACUGGCACGACACGGAAGAGCCCCUCGCCUCCGCCGGGUCGCGCCCGCCUGCGGCCGCCGCCCUUCCCCUUCCCUCUCUUCUGCUGUCAAAGUUUUCUCGGUUUUGGCUGACGUGGAGAAAGGACGUGCUCGCGUCCGUCGCCUCCGCGGUCGAGGAAGAAAAGCGACGGGGAACGCUGCAGACGUGCCACGAUGUGCACAGUGUCUGGUCGGCGGUUAUGCGGCGGCUAGAGGCAAGUCGCGCCUCCUUCCUCGCGUCCUGUUCUCUGGAUGACAGGCGCCAUGCGCCAUGCGGCGCUGCGAGAGAGAGCGCGGCAUGCGGAGAAACGAAGCAAGCGGGCGAGCGCCAGCGCGACAUGUGGAGAGCCGCGUGGACGCGAGUCGUGCGCGCGCUUCUUCACCCGUCGGUUUGCUCAGAGGCUCUGCCGCGGGAGUCAUGCGACUCCCGCGGAGACGCAAGCGGGGAAGGCGAAGCAGAGGCCGGAAGCGGUCUCCUGACGCACGAGGCGAAAGCCAUCUGCCGCCGGCUCUCCGAGGCGUUGCUCGCGCAGCAGGUGGAGCGGCAACUUUGUUUCUGUCCUUCGCCCCAAGAGCCCUCUCGGGCGCCGCGGGACUCGAGUCGACGAAAGAAGGCGCCCCUGGAAACUGAGGCGCCGGCGGCUUCGGCCGUGUUGGGCUCCGUGGGGGCCUGGGUGUCCCCGCUGCUCCCGGGGGCCGGGGUCUCCGAGGCGGCGCGCUCCGCCCUCGCCGAGCGCUUCGACGCGUUCAACCGUGCGUUUGCAGCGAUUCUCGAAGACCUCACGUUCAUGCAGCUCGACGGAGACGCCGCGUGCGCCAUCGCGCAGAAAGGCGACAGCGGGCUCGAGGACGCGUCGCUCGACGCUGGGCGGUGUGUGCUCCUUCGUGCCCUCGUGGCACGUCUGCAGACCGAGCUGGAGGCCGUGGUGUGGCCUGCUCUCCUCGCCUCGUCGCAUGAGCAGUCUUUCCUCUCUUCUCCGCCUUCGUUCGCCGGCUUCCUCGACGAGUCGCCGCUGGCAUCGGAGGCUGCGACAGCGUGGGCGGCUCGAGGGCGAGGCCUGGAGAUUCUGCUGCGCACCGCGGGUCCAAAAGAGGAGGACUGCGGCGACAGCAGAGAUAGCGCUGGCGAGGGUUUCUUUGCCCCGGCGCCUGUGGUCUCUCCUCGUGCAAAGGGCCUGCGCCGCGCGCGUCCUGAGAACGCGUUCGCGGCCUUUCUCCGGCGCUCGUGGGUGGCGGGGGAAGAGCGCAGUGCUCAGGCCGCGCCUGCGCAGGCGUCCGUCUCGCAAGGGCCCUCGGCGGGAGACCGGAGGGAGCAGCGAGAAGCGAUCGCCUGCGUGCUGUGCGAGGGGAUGACGGCGGGCUACCUCGCGGCCUUCACUGUUGCCGCUGUCGAGAUCGUGAAGCCCGUCUGCGCCGUCUUCAAGCAGUCCCUGCUGCGCGCAGUGCUCAACGAUGACACGGGCCUGUCGUGGGGGGAGAGCGCGACUUGGUCCAGUCGCGCCCUCGGGGCGGGGAGGAGGCUGCGAGUGGAAGAAGGCAGCGCGCAGUUCCUCGCUCAGGAGCGCCUGCGGCGAAGGUAUCCGGGACCUGGCGGGCUGGCUAGGGCGCAGAGGCCGGCGGAGCGCGAAGAGCUGCAGAAAGGAGCUGCGGGCGCCGUGCCACUCUUUACACUCCCGAAAGAAGCUACGGCCGCGACGACGCAAGCUGUCAUGCAUGUCGCAGCUGAAGCGAGCAGAUGCCUCGACAGCUUAGGGAUCAAUCCGCUCUAUUUUCCGCCUUCCUCGUCUUCGGCCUCCGCGUUCGUCGACGUGCUGAAAAUCGUCGCAGGCGACGCGUUUGCCGAGGUGAUCGCUAGCGUGCUUUCUGAGAUCGAACAGGAAGCGUCGCAGGCGUCUGCCGCCGUGGAGGGCGCGCGGCCGCUGGCGGCUUACGGGCUCUUGCGCCUCCUCUUUGACACUUGUCUCCUCCUCUGCGUGUUUAAACCGUCCUCGCCGCCCCCGCACGUCGUGCGCGUUCGCGAGCUGAGGGCACGGCGGAAGGACGCGGCGCGCCGCGGAGCCCGAGCCCGCGAAGCAGACUCGCAAACAGAGGGGGGGGAGGCAGAGUUUUCUGUCGCCUUUUUGAAAGUUGGCAGCCAGAAGAGAGGCAAGGAAGGGGAGGCGGAAGAACCGAAAACGCUGGCGCUGAGGGAGACGGAGACGGUUUGGUCGUCGCUCUUCAAAGCCAAUCCGACGGAAACUCACGAGUGCUUGGAGAGAACUGCAGAAGGCAUUCGAAACGCGCUUCGCACAUUGAGAAUCGGCAGGACGCGGGAGGAAGCCGCGCCGCUGGAGGCUGACGCGAGGCGCGAGACUCACGAAAAAGCGGAGGCAGAACGAGAGAUUGAAGCCAUCAGGAGAGCGAGCGCCUCGUUUGUGGUCGCCGCGGGCCUGCUGUUUGACCCGCUGCUUCCGCCCUCCUCGAGCUGCUUUUCGGCGGCCGCCGGUGUCGCGUUCUUCGAGCCUUCGCCGCUUCAACUCCUGCCCCCGAGAGAGCGAUUUCAGCUGCUGCCAGUCCCAUCUGUCGCUCCAGGAACUGCAUCGCCUGGGCGUCAAGAGAGCGAGAAGUCCCUCUCGCGUGCGCUGUCGCUGGACGAACAGAGUGUGUGCGCAGCCGCGGACCCCGAGCGGGCCCCACGGCAGAGCGCCGCGGGCGCCGAAGACGGCGUCUCCUUCAAGAUGGUUUCGAAAAACCUGCAGACGUGGCUGAGUCGGCCUGCCGCGGUCAUGGGCGGCGACGGCAAGACCUCGCCGCUGUCGCUUCUUCCCGCUGCGGCGCGGAACGGGCGCGCGCCGGCGCCCGCGGGCGAGAAGGCGCGGCUCGCCGCGGGCCUCAACGGCGCGGAGCCCGCAGGCGGCGGCGCCGGCGGCAUGAACGUCGAUACGCUCACGAAGCACAUGGGAGACAUGGGAUCCUUCUUCGGCAGGCAGAUGGAGCACGUCCAGAACCGCGUCUCCGAAGUGGUUCGAAAGGGCAUGGCUCGGAUGGAAGAAGGAAACGCCGAAGACCGAAUGCGAUGA